AUGGAUAAAGAGUGGGUAUUUCUUGAUAGCAGAAGUGAUGAAUUUAUGGACGGAUUGCGUGCAUUUAUCAACAACGCCUUGGAAGUUUGUAGUUUUGAGGGCAAGAUCAAGUGUCCAUGUGUAGAAUGUUACAAUUGUGGUUGGAAAACGCCGGAAGAGGUCCAAGAACAUCUUAAAGUAGAUGGCAUGUGGCCGGAUUAUGUUAACUCACGCUGGAAGUGGCAUGGCGAGCCAUUACCAAUGCCUAACGUAGGAGAGCCUCUCUUAGGUGAUGCUGAUAUAGGUGCUAUGCUCCGUGAUGCAUUUGGCAUGCAUGGUCCUAAUAAUGAUGACAAUGUUGAAGAGGAAGAUGCACCUCCACCAAACCUGAACCCCGAUGCUGAAAACUUCUACCGUUUGAUUGAAGAAGGUAGAAGUGAAUUAUACCCAGGUUGUGGGAAGUCCAAACUUGAUUUCAUACUACAGGUAUAUCAACACAAAACAACAAACUCUUGGACUGAUGAAUCUUUCACAGGUUUGUUGGAUUUGUUAAAAGCUUUCUUCCCUCAAGCAGACCUUCCUGCCACUUUCAGCAAAACAAGGAAGAUUGUAACUGAUUUGGCAUUGCCCUGUGUGAAGAUAGAUGCAUGCCCUAAGGAUUGUAUGUUGUUCUGGAAAAGAGAUAUUGCACUUCGUAAGUGCAAACACUGUGGGGCAAGUCGCUACAAGUCCAGAACCAAGAUUGGACGUCCUAGAGUUGCUCACAAGGUACUGCGUUAUUUUCCAUUGGGACCUCGGCUUCAACGUCUUUACAUGUCAUGCCAUACAGCUGAGGAUAUGGUUUGGCAUUCUAAAGAAAAUUCUGAUGAUGAGGUGCUAAGACAUCCUGCCGAUUCACCUGCUUGGAAACAUAUUGACAGAAUGCAUCCAAGCUUUGCAUCUGAGCCACGAAAUGUUCGUCUUGGCCUAGCAAGUGAUGGAUUUAAUCCUUUUGGUAUGAUGAGUCUAUCCCAUAGCACAUGGCCAGUUGUGAUGUCUGUCUACAAUCUUCCCCCGUGGCUGUGUAUGAAACAACCUUACUUGAUGCUUUCAUUGCUGAUUCCUGGUCCAAAAAGUCCUGGAAAAGAUAUAGAUGUAUACUUGCAGCCUUUAGUAGAAGAGUUGAAAAGUUUGUGGGACCAAGGGAUACCAACUUAUGAUGCAUUCAAGAAAGAGACUUUUAACAUGCGUGCCGCAGUUAUGUGGACUAUCAACGACUUUCCAGCAUAUGCUAUGUUAUCUGGUUGGAGCACUAAAGGAAAAUUAGCCUGUCCGAAUUGUGCAUUCAGCACCAAAUGUACUUGGCUAAAACAUGGGCGAAAGCCAUGCUACCUGGGAAAUCGUCGCUUUCUUUCAAGGGAUCAUAAGUAUCGCAUGUUUAAGAAACCCUUCGACGGUAACAUUGAGCUAGAUCCACCACCAAUUCCUAUGACAGGAUCAGAAUGUCUGGAUUCAUUAGAUGGACUGGAGUUUGAAUAUGGCAAGCGAGAUACUAAAAAGGUAAUGAAACGAAAAAGAGGAAAAAAGGGAAAAAGGAAGAGAAAGUACUCUGGUCCAUGGAAGAAGAAAAGCAUAUUUUAUGAUCUUCCAUAUUGGAAGGACCUGCUUUUACGGCACAAUCUCGAUGUAAUGCACAUCGAGAAAAAUGUCACUGAAAGUGUGAUAGGAACCUUAUUGGGUAUGGUUGGCAAAGACAAGGAUUCCCUAAAUGCACGCUUGGACUUGAAAGAACUUAAUUGUAAGCCUAAGUACCACCCAAAACGAGUUGGAGGUCGCUGGGUGUAUGACCCUAUGCCUUUCACUUUAACGCCGGCUGAAAAAUCGUUGAUUUGUGAGAUAUUAUCUCUUGUUCUGCUUCCUGAUGGGUUUGCUUCCAAUAUUGCAAGAUGUGUAAGGAAAGCUGAAAAGAAUCUCACUGGAAUGAAAAGUCAUGACCUGCAUAUCCUAAUGCAGUAUUUACUUCCCUUGGCAAUCCGUCAUUUACCAAAAGAAGCCAAAUCUGUCUUGCUAGAGCUUAGUUCAUUUUUCAGAAAUCUAUGUACUAAAGUUGGAACCAAAGAACAUUUUGAAGAUUUGAGCAGACGAAUUGCCAUUACAUUGUGUCAUCUGGAGAGGUUAAUGCCGCCAUCGUUUUUUGAUGUCAUGGUACACCUCACUGUGCACCUUGCUGAAGAGGCCAAAAUUGGAGGUCCUGUACAAUUUAGGUGGAUGUACCCAAUUGAGAGGUACUUGCAUACACUGAAAAAGUAUGUUCGGAAUCGAAGUAGACCAGAGGGCAGCAUCGCUGUUGGGUAUAUUAUCGAGGAAACCCUUGGGUUUUGUGCAUUGUACUAUGGUGAUGAAAUGGUUACCAAAAGAAAUAGACCGGGCCGUAAUGCUGAUGCAAGUGGAAGCGGUACUAGGGAAGGUAUGUCCAUAUUUGCUGGUCAUGGUCGGCAUCUUGGCAGUCAACAGCUCAUUCAUCUAGAGCAUUUAGAGUGGGAACGGGCACAUCGAGCUGUUCUAUUCAGUUGUCCAGAAGUUGAAGACUACAUCAGCCGACAUGAGAGAGAGGUUAUAGGUAAUAAAAAUCCACGUGAGACGAGAAAAGCCGCACAAGCACGAGCACAUAUGGAGUUUCCCGAAUGGUUUAGAACAGAGAUUCAAUCCAAGAUUGCUGAGGGAGUUCAAAUACCUGAAGACUUGCAAGCAUUGGCUAGGGGUCCAAGCCAUUGGGCAGGUCGCUGGAAAUCAUAUAUUGUCAAUGGCUUUCGUUUUAAAGUGAAAUCAAUUGAUGUGGAUAGGAACACACAGAAUAGUGGUGUUUUUGUGAGGGCGAUGGAACAUACAUAUGCUUCUGCUGAAGAUCGCAAUCCAAGGGCUGCUCUUCUUGACUACUACGGAGUGGUGAAAGACAUAAUCCAGUUGGACUAUUACUGUGGGCGUAAAGUAGUGUUGUUUGACUGUGACUGGAUUGAUGGUAGGGUUAGAGACCGAUAUAUGAAAAUUGAUGAAGAUGGUUUUGUGUUGGUCAACUUCAAACACUUGCUUCCAGGGCCGGACACAUAUACCCUCGCUUCAAAUGCCAAUCAAUUAUUUUAUGUUAAGGAUCCUACUCAACCUGAUUGGCAUGUAGCAGUUAGAACAAAACCAAGAGAUUUGUUUGAUAUGGGACACUUGACGAAAGAUGACAUUGCAGCGCCACAAAAUCUUGAACGGUUACUCGUUUCUGAUGAAGAUGUUCAAGUAAGGACUGGUAUGCCUGAGAUUGUAGUUCAAUGA